CUUCAAAUCUUUUUAACAAGUUGUACAGAGAGGUAUCUUUCUAUAUUUGUUUUGUAUAUGGAUUACGAGCUGGAACACGACCUGUGUUUCCGUAACGCGUUCCGGUCGUUCGUGUGUGUGGUUCUGUCCAUGUUGCUGGGUCUGCAGGUGUACACCUACUUCUGGGCGUCUCAGGACUCGUUCGACGGAGACUUCUCGGAUAUCAAAUAUGUUGUGAUGCAGCUCACACGGGGUCUCACUGAUGUGAAUCGUAAACAUGAAAAGCUCCAGAACGAGAUGGAGCGUAUAUCGGCAGCCCUGCCAGCUGUGGCGGCGGCAGCGGGCCGAGCCAGAGACGCUUUGGAGCCCCGGCGGAGUCCGAGACAACUGUUCGACGUCCAUGACUACGACCGACAGAUAGUAGACUUCGCCCUGGAGACCGCUGGAGCGCGGGUGAUCGACACCGGCGACACCCUGGAGCACUUUAUCCACGAAUCGCCGGUGGGCUGGGUGCUGCACUCUAUAAGUGCGCUGGUGUGCCGCGACUGUCUCGGCGCCAACGCUAUCAUCAAGCCGGGAACGCUGCCAGGGGAGUGUUGGGCCUUCAAAGGUUCUAAAGGAGAGGCCACGAUCCGACUUCUAGGGACAGUACGCAUCACCGGCCUCAGUUUGGAACACAUACCAGCUCACAUCUCUCCCACCAAAGAGAUAUCUUCGGCACCUCGUCUCUUUCAGUUGGAGGGUCUGGAGUUCCGAGGAGACCCUUAUCCAUACGAUUUCGGCACUUUCGAGUACGAGAAGGACGGGAAGCCGAUACAGUACUUCGAAGUGUUGCAUCAGCCGUCUAAAGGCUACAAUUUAGUGCGUCUCAAAAUAUUUUCCAACUGGGGUCACCCGGUGUACACGUGUGUGUACAGAGUGAGGAUCCACGGAGACCUGGUGCCGGGCCAGCAGCAGCACAACUCCAACGAGGAGGAGAUGCGCAUCGAAACAGAAUAGAGAGGACCAAGCUGUAUAUCAAUCAAUAUUUUUAAGUUUUCGUUUAUUUAUAGUUCCCUGUAGCUUUUCUACGUGACUACUUUAUUAUAAUGUGUUAUUAUGCUAAGCUGUUAAAGGUUUCAUA